CGAGCUCAUUCGAAAGUUAAAUGAAAAUCCUGAGGACAAUUUUGAUGAGUUCAGAAUAAUGCAUUCCAACAAAACCAACAUGGAUAGAAUGAAUAUAGCAAAUUUAGUGGCUCCUAUACCGGCAACAUCAAAGAUAACAACGCUACACAACAAUAUUACUCUUCAUAUAAGUAUUGGAAACGAUACUAAUUAUAGAACUCCUUUCAAACGUAGCAAUAGGUGUCGUAAAAGGAAAGGUGGAUGUACACACAUCUGUAACCCUAAAGGCAAAAUAAAAUGCUCCUGUCUUACUGGGUUUGCUUUAGCCGCAGAUCAGAGAACUUGUUUAGACAUUGACGAAUGCAAAACCAACAACGGUGGCUGUGAAAAGGAGUGCCGCAACACUUUGGGUACCUACGAGUGUCGAUGUCCCAAUGGAUUGAGACUCGCAGAUGAUUCAAAAUCUUGUGAUGAUAUCAACGAAUGCCUUCUCAGGAACGGCCACGGUCCUUGCCAGGACACUUGCGAGAAUGUCUUUGGAUCUUACAAAUGCAGCUGCAAAAAGCUUAAUGGUACAGUCCUAGGAGAAGAUAGGCAUACGUGUAUGGAUAUUAAUGAAUGCCUCAAGGAUAAUGGAGGAUGUUCUCAUAACUGUAUAAAUACACUUGGGAAGGCUUUCUGUUCUUGUCCUGAGGGAAUGGAACUGUCAUCUGACUGGAAGACUUGUCAAGAUAUAAAUGAAUGUGAGGACCAGGACAUAAGUGUAUCCUGUCCAAACUGCAUAAACACAGAAGGAUCGUAUCGGUGUAUGGACUCCGCAGACUACCAAAGCGAUCAGCCUUUGCCAAGAAUAACUUGCAAGCCCUUACCCCUCCCUCCUGUAGGAUUUAUAACUUGCACUAGAGAUGGAUCUCGGAAAUCCUAUGCCAAAACGGGAAGGGAGAGGAUAACGAAUAGUCCUGGAACUAUCUGCAAGUUGGAAUGUCCCGAUGGAUUCAAGCUGGUUGGACAGUAUUAUGUUGCGUGCGGUUCUUUCGGGAAAUGGGAAGGGAAAACUGAAGCACAGUGCAUAGAAGUAGACCCUCCAACUCUAUUAUGCCCACCUACCCAAAUUUUCAAGACAAGCAAGGAAUCCAAAACAGUCUUGGUUAAGUUUCCAUCGCCAAAAACUAACAUCAGCUGGAAGUACGUCAAAUCAUAUCCCUCAUGGGGUAGAGAACUGACCAGACCGCUGAAAAUGGGACAGUACAAUAUAAACUUUAUAGCUCGCGAUCCAAACUCUAAACUAUCCGCAUCAUGUACUUUAAAAAUUGUUGUAGAAGACUAAUUAAUUCGUAUAUUUAUUAUUAUU